GCGAUGAUGGUACGUACAUGUACAUGUAGUAUUUGACCUGAAUUGUGAACUCAAACUGUAGCUACGAAAUCUGACUUGCUCAUGUUGCGAGAAGUCGAUUAUUGCAUUCAUCUCGGCAUUAGAAAGGGCUGCUUUUCACCUGGUUCCUCGGAAGACGAUGCAGGCUCAGGAUGGUCGUGGCGUGGAUGUGGCUUUGUCCUCAUUGGCUGGACGAGUUGGAGACCUAAAACAGUCAUUACGCGCGUUGCUUGUCAAGCUGGAACAUGAGAAUCACAAUUGGCCGUCAAUUCUUGACAAUUUCACUGCACUAUCUGGGCAUGUGAGCACGUUGGUCAAGCAACUGAAGAGUGACAAAACACCUCCACUUCAGAAUCUUGUUGUUCUUCCUUUGGAGAUCCGCAGUGAGCCAGACAAGCAUUUAGAGAAAAUAACUGAAGGUCGUGUACCAGUAUUCCACCAUGAAGUUGUGCCUGACUACCUUCGCACCAAACUUGACUUAUCACUAGAGCAGCACAACCAAGCCCAACUGGAAAAGGCCACGGCUGCCAUAGCUGCCAAUCCGACGGACUGUGAGACCAAGGUGAAAGAACUCAAUGCAUGCUGUGACAAUCUCCUGGAGCUGGUCAAGUCGGUACGGGAAGACUGGGAUGAGGCGUCUGCAACCAUUUCAUCUGCAUCUCGCCAAGAUGAAGUAGAGACGGCGAAACUGGUUGCCGCCAUGGCACCUGUUGCGGUUCCUGCUACGUCUGGGCGUUCCGGAAAGAGUGGAGGACAAUUUAAAUCUCAAAGCAGCGUCAGGUCAGACCUGAAAUCUGCAACGGCAUCGCACCCCUACGGAAGAUCAUCGCGGUGAUAUUUCAUAGAAAACUACGCAGAGUGCUGGCGCUUUCACAUGACUGGCCACUGCCAUCUGUUGGAGUCUUUGGAAUUCAAUGACAGCCGAUCACCACCACACAAUUACUAGAAGCUAUUACGGUCUCUGCCGUGUCUCAUCUGACAUUCUGACUACAAGAAUCGCAUCAAAGCGCGUCACUCCAUCGGCACAAGUCGAUCAUUAUAAGCCAGAAAGCCCGAUUACAUGUAGUAGCUUGAGUACGCUGCAUUCUGCCAGGGAGUGAGGCAACGCCCCAGACCUCUGCCAUUAUCGCCUUCGCUCUCUCGGGACCGAGUUGCCUGCCGUGUUGGCCCUACGAACGGCUACUUGACUUCACUCUUUCAGAGAGUAGGUCACUGGCAGUUGGGACUUGUUUGAAUACCCUAUGGUAUUCCCUGCCUUGGUAUGUUUGAUGUCAGUCUGGACUGCCCCAAGACUGUCUUGCCCACGGCCUCACGGCUGCCAUGUGCGAUACGGCGGUGUGCUGCACGUGCACGUCGCUGUCACAGACGCCUCUCAUUUUCCCUGCUCUGAGGAGUCCGCCCGCCAGCACGCAAAACUGUGUAAUGUUGCUAUGUACUAGAAGCGACCCUGGAAUCAGUCUGCUGUAGAUCUACAGUGCGUGUGCAAUUCGUUGGUACUUGUGUACAUGUAGUAGGGUGCUGCUACGAGUCUCAGUCUGCUGUGUACUAGUAUUCAGGGAUGUUGUCGAUCCAGCUCUGGUCUAGCUGUAGGUUUUGCAAUAGAAUUCAUCUUCAACUGAGCUGUUUCUUGUAGCUAUCUUGACCAUUUUUUCUUUCUUGUUUGCAGUGUUCUAUUCCAACUGUACCUGCCCAGCAAGCUGGUCCCCUACCCCCUCCCCCCCUCCCCCCCCUCCCAUUUCUGGCCCCUCACUGACAUCCUGGUUUCUGUAUGAUCUGGGUAAUAUUUGAUGGAACUUUUAGCACACGUUUUUAUUUUUCAUUCUUUUGGGUACAUAUCCAAGCUCUCCUGUGCUGGUCAGAGUACACCCACUACUUUCACCAUUGCCCUGCAACCGUCCAACUCAUUUAUACCAUAAUAUACACUCAACUGUACUUCAUAAGGCUUUGGCAAAAUGCCCAUUG